GCCUGAUAUUACAGAAUGAGCAUAUCAGGUGCAUCUUUUUGGAUAUGGUCUCCAGAUUCUGCCUGGACAGAUGACUGGGGUAGCUGGGAUCCUCUAGAUCAACCUAGUUCUUUGAAUGAUUCUCAUCAUUGUUACAAUCUCAAAGCUUUGCAUGGUAGCUUCCAAGGUGGAAAAGCAGCUGACAAGGCUGGGAGUGAAGCAAAUUGGCUCAAUGAGUGCAAGGUGUCUGUCAGUCCCACUGGAGACGUGAUGGCCAUUGCUAGGGAGAGGAAGCUUUGUGUACUAACAGGUUCUUGGGAAGUUCCUGAAGAUGCUGAAGAACAGCUUGUUUUGCGGCCAGCUUGGCGAGGUGUUCCCAGCGUGUGUCCUGAAGACAUCAGCGCCGUCAUGUGCCUGCCUAUCAGCUCACUACAGCGCAGCAGUGCUGGGGCUCCAGACUUUACUUGCAUCCUCGUGUGUACACAAGCUGGAUCUGUUGCUUGGCUAACACAGAAUGGUGUCGUGUUGCUCCAAAAGCAUUUUGAGGAACCUGGCGUUGGCGUUCUGGGUGUUGAAGUUCGUACUGAAAGCGAUUGUUUGGCGCUUAAAUAUUCGAUUCAUUAUUCAUCUCUAUAUCAUAAAAUAAUUACCAAUAAUAACGAACAUUAUUAUCUGUCUUGUAUAUCAAUACUGAAGCAAGUGCCGAGGGUGACGUCUGUAGGGAUCGCGGGGUCAGCGCGGGAGUGCCUCUACGAUGCCAUGAGCCAUGCAACCCUAACUCAGGCUGGCUUCAACAGAGAUGCAAUCAUUGGGGGUUUGAGGACGAGCGCAGUUUCUCUCCUGACGGCGGGAGAGGAGCCCUACGUGGCGCUGUUCAAAGGGCGUCACGAACCAACGCCCCUGCACGUCUCGGACGUGGCCAAGCAGCUCGCCUCAGCCCUCACCAGUCGCGUCAUGGGAGCCGCCAGAUGGUGUUUGCCUGAAGGGCGGAGAUGCGGAACUGCUGUAGCGGUCUCCCCGGACCCGCGCUUGGUUGCUGUCACGGACACCUUCGGUCGGGUGGUGCUCGUAGACGUGGCUGCAGGCUACGCUGUUAGGAUAUGGAAAGGUAAAUGGCUGCUGUACACGAACCAUGGCAUGCUUGGCAGUCGGGAGCGCGAGUUGCUGCACUCUGUACUUCUCCUCACCCCCGACGGAGCGCUACAGCGUCUCGAGAUUCCGUUUCAUCUUCUCCUCGAAGGGCGCACCACCAAGCGAGCUCGUGACUACCACCUCUUCAGGAGCUUCAAAGCCUCAGUUAAACGGGGCGAGGAAGAUGCCGCAGCUGCUUUAAGUUCUCAGCUGCAGACGUCGGCAGCUCGUGUACAGCUGCUCUCCUUCCUCGCUCACUGCCCCAGUGUUUACUCGCCUGUGCUGUUACAUCGCGUCCUGCUCGCCUUGUGGCCGCUGUAUCUGCCUGAGGCUCCUCAGCUUUUGCCGCCUAUAAACAACGAAAAAGAAUCUGGCAAGAGCUGUGAACAGAACAGACAGGAUCCUCCAGAAUGUCUCUGUCGUGCGUUAAAUAUAGAACUGAGUCAUCGUCUUUCUUUGGAAUCUUCGAAACUCGAGCCUCUUAUGCGUCCGCAACAACAGCCUUCGAAUGUCAAGGUCAAGUUCAGCAAUGAUGCUCCGCGGUUUCGAGUGAACAUCGCGUGGUUUCUGAGAAACUUCGACCUGGGCGUUGUUAAGGAGAGCGUCCAGCCGCACCUGAACACGGCCCAGCUUCGCCUCAAAGACCUCAAUGACAGAUCAAUCAAUAAUAGUCUUGGUUCAAGACAAAUCGAAACGCCGACACUACGUGCUACCGAUGACGCAGCUGUUGCUACCAUACCGGGCACUGAUUCAUCGGAGCCUCUGCCUAUUGCUUUACGAGACAACAUCUCGAAGGACAGAAAGUCGGCACUCAAUCGUUUCUUGUUUGGCUGGCAGUGGUCUAAACAGAACAUUGCAACCAUUCACGCUUCACUGAAAGCCAGCGGGGUACACGUCAAGUCUCUCCUCAAGCUCCUGCUGCUGUACUGGAGUUCUUCCUACGAGGACGAAAGCAACGUUUUUACCUCUGGCGGACCUGUCAAGGUUCUCACUCCCCCGCCUCACGCGCCCCCGAAUGUUGGCCCAAACGCCUAUCGAGGAGUCGUUGAACGAAUGAUGGAGACGCUCAAAAUGGCGUCACUGCUUACGUCCCUCGCUUCUCUUACUGAGGAAUCCGUCACGCAGAGCAAAGACGAGCGCAACGCCUGGUGGAGUUCCGUGAGGGCACAGUUGGUGUCGUGGCCUUGCGUCAGAGGCGCUUACCUCACAGCACUUGCGUCUCGCUUUAUUAACUCGAAAUUGGAGGCAAGACUCAAGCGCUUGCGCCGCCUCCAAUUGAAACAGUCACGUGGAACGAGCACGAAUGAACCAGAGACGAGAGUAGACUCGAUGGCUGAGGAAUCAAAUGUGAAAAACCAAACUGUCUCUCCUGAACCGUGUGUUUCAAAUCACAUCAACGCUUCUUCCUUGAAUCUGCCCACCCACGAACUCGGCGACAAUUCUCACCAAGUUGAUGCUCCUUUAUCAUCAGGAAAUGUUUCCAGCACUGCAGCAACUGACUGGGAUUUGUUCACUGAGAUUGAAGAGGAGGUUAAGCUAUUGUUGGCAGGUUCCUAUGAGAAUCCCGGCGUGUUGAGUGAGUGGGAAGACUGUUCAGUCGAGAGUACCGAGUGGGCUGUCGUGGUCAAGCAACUAGAGCGACUCUUGCCCCUCGAACGGCUCCUGAACUUCUGCUCUCCUGCCACCGCAGCGCCUGGCGUCUCCGUUAAGAGGAUGAUAGAUAAGGGCAAAGGCGGCGUUUGUGAGGCAGUUGCUCAGUGGCUUGUGAGGACAGGUCUUUCAUGUGAGGCCCUCGCCUCCCUUACAUCCUCCGUCGACGCUCACAUCCUCCACUGCAAGAAACUGAAUCAUGACUACGCAGAAGAGGCCCUGGAAAUAGACGAGGACGAUGUACCUGAGGGAGCCCACCUCAACUUGCUCGAGAACAGCUUUCCCAAUGACUCGCACUUGGACCUCGUCUCUAUUUAUGAACGCGUGGUGGAAGUGAGCGCAGUGUUCCCCGAGAGCAUGAGCGCCGCUAGCCUGGCAGCGAGCGUGGCAUGGGAGAGCGCCGCGGCGUGGUUGCACAGCGCGCACGAUCCUGUGCUGCUUAGCACCGCUGCUGCCAUGGCCGCCAAUAUCCCCAACAGUCACGUACGCCACGGUGUGAGCGUGAUGGUGUGGGAGAAGUGGGUGGGACCUGUGCUACGGCGCGUGUGUGAAGCCAUCGAGCGACAAGGGGCCUUGCCUUCGCCGUCGCAAUGCCUCAGUGCCAUCAAGAUGCCCAGGCACGCACUCUUACCUUUCCUGACUGCUGCUAGGCAGCUGCUGGCCGUCAUAAUGGAGAGCAACGUGAAGUGUCAAACAGAAAAAGCCCAGGUGCCGCACGUGGACAGCUUCUGGCAGCACUCGCGCGUCCAAAGCCCUGGCGUCAAAGAAGCUAAUGAAGAAAAUGAGCUCAACUCUGACAAACACGACCGUCAAAAUCAGGUGGGCAAUAUGGUGGCCAUCCACGAGAACACAGCCAGCGAACCUAGUUUGAUCCAACACCGUUUCAUUGACCGCCAGGGCGAUGGUAGACCUGACCUUCCGUCCUCUACAAGCGGUAGACGUGGCAGUUGGCACGGCCCCAAGAGCCUGGUGGAGGUGGCAGUGUUGCAGAGGGCGACGUCCUACGACCUGGUGCUGCUGCACGCACAGCUCACCGACACCCUCAGACUCAUAGCCACUCUCGAUAUCAGAGGCAAAAAACCUCUUGCGCUUUACAACGAAAGAAGUCGGUGUGUGCUGCACAAAAGCUUGCACGUGGACUGGGCUCAAGGAGGUGUCGAUGAAGCCCCCAGCGUGACAAGCGCGAGACUCGAGUUCUUGACGAGCGCAAUAACCGCAGCCAUCGCCACGCUGCCUGACCAGCCCGUCUACCAGGAGGUCAGUGGUGAGCUCUGGGGCGUGGGACUCGACCACCUCUACCGAUACCAAGUCAUCGAGCUCUACAGUUGCGGACAUGAUAAAUUCGCCGAAGAUGCGGUGCGUUUGGUGCGUCAGACCAGGCAGCUUGGUCAGAACUUGGUGCUCCUCGCGGCUUGCCGCUACAAGUAUCUCUUGGACACCAGCCCUCGUCCAGUGCCUCUCACAGUCAACCUCGGCGCUUCAAUAUCACAUUGGAUCAAAUCUCUGGACGCAAAUCAACUGAAAAAUCCGAAUGUGGCUGUGUCCGAUAGCGUGCAACUCCUCCGAACUGCCAUGAGACUUCUUCCAGACUCGUCAGCCGAUCACUCCAAAGCAGAAAACCUCCUCUUCGCCUUCACAUCUUUGCUUGACUCGGCAUGAGGGCUCAAGUUUUAGAAAGCAGAGACAUGAAUUUACAAUAUUCGUAGCUAGAUUAUGGAAUUUUAUUAUAUAUUAUAUUUCCAGAGAGAC